AUGAUCUUGCUGGAGAUCAACAAUAGAAUUAUAGAAGAAACGUUAACAGUUAAAUAUAAAAAUGCACUGGCGCGCUUAAAGCCAGAGUCCAUAGAUGUGACGGUUGCAGAUUUUGAUGGAGUCCUUUUUCAUAUAUCCAAUGUCAAUGGAGAUAAAACCAAAGUUAGGGUUAGUAUAUCAUUGAAGUUCUACAAGCAAUUGGAAGAACAUGGAGCUGAUGAAUUGCUCAAAAGAGUUUAUGGUUCCCUGCUCACUGAAGCUGAAACAGGUUACAAUGUCUCGGUGUUAUUGGAUUUGGAGAACAUUCCUGAAGACUGGGAGACCACAGUGAAGAAAGUUGGCUUACUAAAGAGAAACUGUUUUGCUUCUGUGUUUGAGAGAUACUUCAGGCUGCAAGAGGAUGGUGAUGUUAGCCACAAAAGAGCUGUUAUCAACUAUCGACAGGAUGAGACACUGUACGUAGAAGCCCAAGAAGAUCGCGUGACUGUAGUCUUCUCUACUGUUUUCCGGCACGAAGAUGACAUAGUAAUUGGCAAAGUGUUCAUGCAAGAGCUGAAAGAGGGUAGAAGAGCGUCACAUACUGCACCACAGGUCCUAUUUUCACACAAGGAGCCACCGCUAGAGCUGGUAGAUACAGAUGCUAAAGUAGGCGAUAACAUCAGCUAUGUUACAUUUGUGUUGUUCCCGAGACACACCUGCGAAGCGGCACGGGACAACACCAUCGAUUUGCUUCACAUGUUCCGUGACUACCUGCAUUACCAUAUCAAGUGCUCCAAGGUGUACGUUCACUCCCGUAUGCGCGCUAAGGCAGGCGAACUGCUGAAGGUGCUCAACCGUGCGAGACCACAAUCUACCACACGACCCACCGAGCGGAAAACUAUCUCAGGGAGAACAUUUGUGAGACGAGAUUGA